UUGUGACAUAGUUGUAGCACAAAGGUUCUAACCAGUUUUCACAUAGUUACUAAUGUGAUGAAUACCUUUUGAAUUGCAGUUGCAUUGCUUGGAAAAAAAUGGGAAACAAAUUACAAAAAUGGUUUCAUAUUGUGCUUAUCACAGGGCUCCAAAUCCCGAUACUGUUCUAAUCAUGCAGACUCCUCGAGGAGUUUUUUCCACCAAAAACCUUAUCCAAGACAAAAAGCGCACUGGUUCAAGGCUAAUUUCGUCGAACAGAUUGAAACUUCAAGAACCUCCAAUAAUGGAGAUCAAUGAGAUUGAGCCAAAUUCUGCUGCAAGAUGUCGAACCUUUAAAAGAUUGAAGAAUAAGAAGACAGGUGAACAGGCCAUUCCCAUAGCCCAUCGAGUGAUGGGACCUUGCCAUCAUUCUUUAAGUGCAAUACAAAGAUUGAAUGCAUUCAGAGAAAUAGAGGAGCCUAAAGCAUUUUCUACUUUCAGGGAACGGUUGCACCACUUACAGAGAACUGAGAAUGAUCGGGUUUGCUUUGGGAGAUCUGGAAUUCAUGGAUGGGGACUCUUUGCACGUCGAAACAUCCAAGAAGGAGAAAUGGUUCUGGAAUAUCGUGGUGAGCAGGUUAGGCGAAGUGUUGCAGAUUUGAGGGAGGCACGCUACCGUUUAGAAGGCAAAGAUUGCUAUCUGUUUAAGAUAAGUGAAGAAGUUGUAGUAGAUGCCACAGAUAAGGGAAACAUUGCACGCUUAAUCAACCAUUCAUGUAUGCCCAACUGCUAUGCAAGGAUCAUGAGUGUGGGUCAUGAUGAGAGUAGGAUUGUUCUAAUUGCCAAGACUAACGUAUCUGCUGGUGACGAGCUAACGUAUGAUUACUUAUUUGAUCCGGAUGAGUGUGACGAAUUCAAAGUCCCUUGCUUGUGUAAAGCUCCAAACUGCAGAAAAUUCAUGAAUUAGGAUAGGUACAGACUACAGAGAGAAUAUAGCCAUUGUUUCUCCACAAGGAGCACUAACCCAACCCUCGUUGAGAGGGAGACCUCACAGUUUGGUUAUUGAAUUUGUAGUUUUUCAGAGAAAUAUAUGUAUUUUAUUUGUUUUUGUUUUUUUAGCUUGUUUUGAUAAUUUUCAAGCUUAAUAAAAGCUAUAAAUUUUGCCCAGCUGUUUUUCGGCUCGAGGCGUCUUGACCUUGUGUAUAUUAUUUGAUGCAUUUUCAUCAUCUUUUUGGUUAAAAUUUCAUUUGUUCACUUAUUUUCCUUCA